AUGGCUCAUUCUCCGGUUCAGGGUAGUCUACCGGGGAUGCAGAAUUUCAAAGCCAACCCUGAAGAGCUGUUCACCAAGUUGGAGAGGAUCGGAAAGGGCUCUUUCGGGGAGGUGUUCAAAGGCAUCGACAACCGUACGCAGAAAGUGGUAGCCAUCAAAAUCAUCGACCUGGAGGAGGCGGAGGACGAGAUCGAAGAUAUUCAGCAGGAGAUCACGGUCUUAAGCCAGUGCGACAGCCCUUUCGUCACCAAGUACUACGGCUCUUACCUGAAAGACACAAAGCUAUGGAUUAUUAUGGAGUAUUUAGGCGGGGGAUCUGCACUCGAUUUGAUGGAGCCUGGCGCUUUGGAGGAGACGCAAAUCGCGACCAUCCUCAGAGAGAUCCUCAAAGGCCUGGAGUACCUCCACUCAGAGAAGAAAAUCCACAGAGACAUCAAAGCGGCCAACGUGUUGCUGUCAGAGCAGGGCGAGGUGAAGCUGGCGGACUUUGGCGUGGCUGGCCAGCUGACGGACACGCAGAUCAAGAGAAAUACGUUCGUGGGCACGCCCUUCUGGAUGGCUCCUGAGGUCAUCAAACAGUCAGCCUACGACUCAAAGGCUGACAUCUGGUCACUGGGGAUUACGGCCAUCGAGCUGGCCAAAGGAGAACCGCCCCACUCGGACCUGCACCCAAUGAAGGUGCUUUUCCUCAUCCCAAAGAACAACCCCCCCACGCUGGAGGGCAACUAUAGCAAACCUCUCAAGGAGUUCGUAGAGGCUUGUCUCAACAAAGAGCCCAGCUUUAGACCAACUGCCAAAGAGCUGCUAAAGCACAAACUCAUUGUGCGUCACGCCAAGAAGACGUCGUACCUGACGGAGCUCAUCGACAGAUACAAGCGCUGGAAGUCCGAGCAAUCCAGAGAGGAGUCGAGUUCGGACGAGUCCGACACAGAGCCAGAUGGUCAGGCAUCAGGUGGGAAUGACUUUGGGACUGAUGACUGGAUCUUCACGAUCAGAGAGAAAGAUCCCAAAAAGCUACAGAAUGGAGCCAGUCAGGUAGGAGAUCUCUCUCUUUUUCAGAUGGAAGACGUUCCAAAGAGGCCAUCGUCUCAGAGUUUGUCCGCGAUCAUUUCUCCCGUGUUAUCUGAGCUGAAGGAGAACCGAGGGGUGGAGUCCAGCGUGAAGCCGGAGGUGUUGGAUGAACUGGGUGAGGCUGUUUUCCUGGCGGAGGAAACGUACCCGGGCAUCACGGAUGCCAUGGUUACCCAGCUCAUACAAAGACUCCAGAGGUUCUCUAGGGCUAGAACAUCAUCCUCCUCUCACCAAUGAUUGGCUUGUUGGUCCUGUCCGUCACGCUGCAGUCCCCUUCUUGCCCCUCCCCCCUGGCAUCAGGUCAGCGAAUCCUGACACCAGCAGUCUCUGUGACGUCUCCCUGGAGGA